UAAGUCUUUACCUUCCUAAGGCCAAGAGCCCAAAUUAGACACUAACACAUUCCUAGUGAAUCUCAACACCCUCAAAACUCUCAAACAGACAGAAAUAUUAAAAGAAAAAAGUAGUAGCCGCAGCAGAAGAACGGGGCAAAGAAGAAGAAGAAGAAUUAGCUGCAACACAAAACUCUGUCUCAACCUUAUAUAUCCAUCCAUCCCCAAAAAAGUCAAUCUCACCUUUCCCAAAACUUCAUCACUCUACACACUUUGAUCUAGAGAAGCAAUUCACACCCAACAAUACUGUUAUAACAAAAAAAAAACCAAUUGCUUAAAUGAUCUCAUUAUUACUUGUACAAACCACAUAUGUUGAAUUGUAGAUAAGAAAGAGCAAAAGUUUAUUUUUUUGGAUUGGUUAAGAAUUUGCAAGAAUGAUGAAUUCUGGGGUUAGUAGUAGUAAUAAUAAUAAUAAUAAUAAUACAAUGUCGUCUGCAUCGGGGAACAAUAACAACGCAGGACAAUCACCUGGUUUGAAGACUUAUUUUAAGACCCCAGAAGGAAGGUACAAGCUUCAGUAUGAAAAGACACACCCUGCUGGCCUUCUUCAUUAUGCUCAUGGCAAGACUGUUACUCAGGUAACCCUUGCUCAUCUCAAGGAUAAGCCGAUGCAGGCGCAGCCCCAAUCAUCAUCAAGUUUUGGAGUGAGCAGUGGUGUUAGGUCAGCUGCAGCAAGGUUCUUAGGUGGAAAUGGUAGUAAAACACUUAGUUUUGUUGGAGGAAAUGGUGGAAGUAAGUCUAUUAGUGGCAUGAGUGGUAGGGUUGGAUCAUUUGGGGUGUCAAGUUCAAGUAAUUCUGUUGGCAAUUCGAAUUUUGAUGGCAAAGGAACCUAUUUAGUGUUCAAUGUUGGUGAUGCAAUUUUUAUCAGUGACUUGAAUUCUCGAGAUAAGGAUCCUGUAAAGUCUAUACAUUUCAGCAAUUCAAACCCCGUUUGCCAUGCAUUUGAUCCGGAUGCAAAGGAAGGACAUGACCUGCUCAUUGGUUUAAAUUCUGGAGAUGUUUAUUCAGUAUCCUUACGGCAACAACUACAAGAUGUUGGGAAGAAGCUUAUUGGGGUACAACAUUACAACAAGGACGGUGCUGUUAACAACAGUCGUUGUACUAGUGUCGCAUGGGUGCCUAACAGUGAUGGCACUUUUGUUGUUUCUCAUGCGGAUGGAAACUUUUAUGUCUACGAUAAGAGCAAAGAUGGUUCUGCUGAUCCUUCAUUUCCAGUCAUCAAGGAUCAAACUCAAUUGUCUGUUUCCCAUGCACGCUAUAGUAAGAAUCCUAUAGCUAGAUGGCAUAUAUGUCAAGGUUCAAUCAAUAGCGUUGCUAUCUCAAAUGAUGGGGCAUAUAUUGCAACUGUUGGGAGGGAUGGUUAUCUGCGAGUAUUUGACUACAAAAACGAACAGCUUAUAUGUGGUGGGAAAAGCUACUAUGGUGCUCUAUUAUGUUGUGCUUGGAGUAUGGACGGGAAAUACAUUUUAACUGGUGGAGAAGAUGACCUAGUUCAGGUUUGGAGCGUGGAGGAACGUAAAGUAGUUGCAUGGGGUGAGGGACACAACUCUUGGGUAAGCGGAGUGGCUUUUGAUUCAUAUUGGACAGCACCAAAUUCAGAUGGCACGGAUGAAAAUGUUGUCUACCGAUUUGGUUCUGUUGGUCAGGACACACAAUUACUUCUAUGGGAUCUUGAAAUGGAUGAAAUUGUAGUACCAAUGCGCCGUCCUCCUGGUGGAUCUCCAACUUUCAGCACCGGGAGUCAAUCGUCACAUUGGGAUAAUGCUUGCCCCGUUGGUACUUUGCAACCUGCUCCAAGCAUGCGAGAUAUUCCAAAAAUAUCACCCCUGGUUACUCAUCGCGUUCAUACUGAACCACUCUCUAGUUUAAUAUUUACUCAUGAAUCAGUCCUUACUGUCUGUCGGGAGGGGCACAUUAAGAUUUGGAUGAGACCAGGCUUUGGUGAAAGCCCAUCAAGCAACUCGGAUUCUUUAUUGAGUACUAGUAUGAAGGAGAAGCAAUCGAUAUUGGGGAAGGUUGUUACUUCAAAUUACAAGUAAUGACAUAAAUAUUAUUAUGUUGGAGUGCAAAAAUGGAGAACGCAGUAAAUGGAGGUCUUUUACAUACUGACAUUCACUGCUCUUCAGUUACGUUUGCUCGAUGCUGAUAAGCGUAUGAUAUGAGGUUGUGCGGUGAGAUUAACUGACCAAUUGUAUAGGGAACAAUGAAUUUGCUGCAGGGAGCAAGAUGAGGUUGGAAGAAGGGUGCACACCUCGCGUGUAAGUAUGAAAUGUUAAGAGAAUAUUUAAACUGAUAGGCUGAAAUAAUUAUCUGACAUCUUUUGAGAUGUGCACCCUCCCAGAACUCCCUAACCCCUCCUUUUUUUCCCUUUUGUUCUUUUCAUUUUUUUCUCUUUUCUUUUUUAGCCAAUUUUGCAUAGAAACUACUGGUUGACAUUUGAUUUGUAUUGGAAUACCUCAUGUUUUGCCCUGUCCAACAUUUUGGCUGUGGUUUUAUGGGGUUGACAAGCUUAUUAAUGCACUUUUACAUGGAA